AACGCGGGAAACGCCAUCAUCACGGCGACCUUGCUGCUGCUGCUGCUGCCCUGGACAGCAUUCUCCUUGACGCUGUGUCUUUUCGUGUUCGCUUUCAAGGACUUCGGACCGCUGAUUUGGGGCCUCAUAGCCUGUUCGGAACUGCUGGCUCUGCUAGUGCUGGGCCUGGGGUCUGCAAGACGGCAGCAGGCCCAAGUCCUGCUGGGCUGCUUGGUAAUCGCGUCCAUUCUGGCAGCAAUUCCGGCUGGAGAAUACAUCGAGUCCACCUUCAUGGAUGAAUACUGGCGCCUGGGGUACGGUGCUGUUUAUGAAGGUGUCAGUCCUCUUUCGCCUGGUGCUUCCUAUCUGGAUGCUUCUUUCAUGGCUUUUGACAAGACGGCCUACAUCGAUGCCAGAAGUUUCGCGUGCCUGGGAUCUCAGGAUGCAGCAGGGGGCUCUGGCGUUGUCCUCUCUGAUAGCGACGGCAUCUUCACCAGAGCAGCACGUAUGGCACAGUCAGUGAAUGGCUUUGGCAUCCUGCCGGAUGCGCAGAUACUUCUUCUCGUUUGGAUGCACGAGCCGGGGCUCUAUGCAGAAAGCUUGCAUGCCAGUGCAUUGACCUUCGUCGGGCUCACCAUCCUCGCUUUCCUCAUGCUGGGUCUCUGCGUUGGGCAGUGUGCUGUGCAAAGCCUCCCGCGCCGGAAGUUCUGA